CACCUUCAAAUAUCGUAACGUACCAUUUCCAUCGAUCUCAACGCCAAGCUCAUCAAGCUCUGUUGUGUUUGAGCUCUGAUUAACAAACCAGCCAUGGUAGCUCUCAGAGCAACCCCUACACUUCACUCUCUUCCCACUGUUAUUCCAUCCAGACUUGACAAGAAACUCUUUCACUCCAACUUUAGCCAAAUACCACCGACUUCAUCAUCUUUUUCAUCAUUUGGUCAUCAAAGGAGUACUGUGUCAAGUUCCAAGCUUUUCACUUCCAUUUCUUCAUCUGUUUCGACAGAUCUCGCCGACCCUUUUCAGCCAGCGGUUGAAACUCAAAACCCAGAUGAGAAAUUCGACUGGUAUAGCAACUGGUGUCCGAUCAUACCGGUUUGUGAUCUGGACAAGAGGAGACCGCAAGGGAAGAAGGUGAUGGGGCUGGAUGUGGUGGUGUGGUGGGACAAGAAUGAGAGUGCUUGGAAGGUGUUUGAUGAUAGUUGUCCUCAUAGGUUGGCUCCGUUAUCAGAAGGGAGGAUCGAUCAGUGGGGGAGAUUGCAGUGUGUGUACCAUGGUUGGUGCUUCAAUGGCUCUGGUGACUGCAAGUUCAUCCCUCAAGCACCCCCAGAUGGCCCUCCGGUUCACACUUCCAAGAGAGCAUGUGUUUCAGUUUAUCCAAGCACAGUGCAGAAUGGCAUUGUAUGGUUUUGGCCAAACACUGAUCCCAAAUACAAAAAUAUUAUUAUGAAGAAAAAACCACCCUACAUUGCAGAAGUAGAUGAUUCCUCAUUUACCCAAGUAGUAAUUAGUAGAGAGUUUCCAUAUGGAUAUGAGGUGAUGAUUGAGAAUCUUAUGGAUCCUGCACAUGUUCCAUAUGCCCAUUAUGGAUUGAUGCAAACACGGCUACCCGGUAAUGCUGAUAGAGAAGGCGGCAUACCUCUGGAAAUGACUCUGGAAAAUUUUAACCCUAAUGGUUUUACUGGAAUGGGAGAUCCUGGUUUUAACCAAUUUUUUGCACCAUUUGUUUUCUAUAGUUCUGUGCCAUUUAAAAUACAUCAAGAUAGAGAUAAGAUCACCAAAAAGGAUAUGAUGGCUUUGGGAUUUAUAUGUGUUCCAAUUAGUCCUGGUAAGAGCAGAUUAAUUUUAACCAAAUCAAUGCCAACAUUUCCAAGACACUUUGAUCGUUGGUGUGACAGACUAAUCCCAAGAUGGGUAACUCAUAUUGACUUAAAUGUCAUUGUGGAUUCAGAUGCAUAUCUACUACAUCUUGAGGAGCGUAAGAUAGUGGAUGCUGGAAUUGGACAAUGGCAUAAAGCAUGUUUUGUGCCAACAAAGACAGAUGCUCAUGUGGUUGCUUUUAGAAAGUGGCUUAACAAGUAUGCUGGUGGUCAAGUCGAUUGGAAAGGCAAAUUCACUGGAGCUCUUCCUCCAACUCCUCCUAGAGAACAGCUUAUGGACAGGUAUUGGAGCCAUGUUGUGAACUGUAGCAGUUGCAAUGCUGCAUACAAGGGUUUCAAAGUGUUAGAAGUAAUACUACAAGUGGUGUCCAUAGCUCUAAUUGGAUAUGCUGCUGCUGCAACCAAACAAGGUCAACCAUUAAAGACUGCCAUGGUUUCUAUGGCACUGCUUUGCUUUGUAGCUUCAAAGUGGCUGUCUCGCUUUGUCCACAAGAUCUUCUGCUAUCAUGACUAUGACCAUGCUUUCAUAUAAUAUGAGAAAACACCAUAUAACAAUGCAUAAAUAUAUAUAUAUAGCAUAUAUACUAUGAUGAGUGGCUACUAUAAUCAAUGGUUUCUCUACUAAUGAAGUAAUCAGAGUGCUCAUAUAGAUGUAUUGGCAUGCAUAAUGUGAAUAUGAUUUGGUUGUGAAAACUAUACUAGCUAUACUUUACCUUCUAA